UUUUAGUCGAAACACUUCAUUCUCUCGACGGACAAACACCCUCAGCUUCUUCUUUGUCACACAUACAAAGUGUCUAGAUAUGGCCUCUGGCAGCAGUCUCCUGGCUCAAGAUCACUUCCUGUGUUCUGUCUGUCUGGAUGUGUUCACUGAUCCUGUCUCCAUACCAUGUGGACACAACUUCUGUAAAUCCUGUAUCACACAGUACUGGGACAGUAAUGAACAGUGCCGGUGUCCCAUGUGUAACAAGCUUUACACUAACAGACCUGAAGUGUCCGUCAACACUCUGUUUCGUGAGAUGACUGCUCAGUACAGAGAGUCCAUUAGAGUGAAAGCCAGCAGCUGCCCUGACCAACAAUGUGCCAAACCAGGAGACGUUCCCUGUGACGUCUGCACUGGGACCAAGACCAAGGCCCUCAAGUCCUGUCUGGUGUGUCUGGCCUCGUACUGUGAGACUCACCUGGAACCACAUCAGAAAGUCACAAGUCUGAAAAGACAUCAGCUGAUCGACCCUGUGGAGAAUCUGGAAGACAGGAUAUGCAAGAAGCACGACAAACCUCUGGUUCUGUUCUGUAAGACUGAACAGGUGUGUGUGUGUCAGUUCUGUACUGAGUCAGACCACAAGUUACAUCCUGUUGUUCCCCUGAAGGAGGAAUAUAAAGGAAAGAAGAGGCAGCUGGGUAAGAAAGAUGCUGAAGUUCAGCAGAUGAUCCAUCAGAGACAACUGAAGAUUCAGGAGAUCAAACAGUCAGUAGAAAUCAGCAAAGAUCGUGCAGACAGAGCGAUAGCCCACAGUGUUCAGGUCUUCACUGCUCUGAUGAGCUCCAUUGAGAGAGGCCAGGCUGAGCUCAUUGACAUGAUUCAAGAGAAACAGAAAACAACAGAGAAACAGGCUGAAGGCUUCAUUGAAGAGCUGGAAGAAGAAAUCAGGGAGCUGAACAAGAGGAGCACAGAGCUGGAGCAGCUCUCACACACCAAAGACCACCUCCACCUCCUCCAGAGCUUCUCAUCCCUCAACACCCCUCCACACACAAGGGACUGGACAGAGGUCAGUGUCCAUCCGCCAUCUUAUGUGAGGACUGUGAGGAGAGCUGUGGAGCAGCUGGAGGAGACAGUCAGUAAAGAGAUGGAGAAGCUGUGUCAGGCUGAGCUGAAGAGGGUCCAGCAGUAUGAAGUGGAUGUGACUCUAGAUCCUGAUACAGCACAUCGUAAACUCAUCCUGUCUGAUGAUGGAAAACAAGUUUAUCAUGGAGACAUUAAGAAGAACCUCCCAGACAACCCAGAGAGAUUCUCUUAUCAUCCUUUGGUCUUAGGAAAACAGAAAUUCUCCUCAGGUAGAUUUUAUUUUGAGGUUAUGGUGAAAGAGAAGACUGAGUGGACUUUAGGAGUGGCCAGAGAGUCUGUCAACAGGAAGGAAAAAACAUAUUUGGACCCUGAGGAUGGUUUCUGGACAAUAUGGUUGAGGAAUGGAAAUGAGUAUAGGGCUCUUGAUAGCACCGUGGUCCUUCUCUCUCUGAGACAGAAGCUCCAGAAGGUGGGGGUGUUUGUGGAUUAUGAGGAGGGUCUGGUCUCCUUUUAUGACGUAGAUGCUGGUGAUCAUAUCUACUCUUUCACUGGCUGCACCUUCACUGAGAGACUCUACCCAUAUUUCGGUCCCUGUCUUAAUGAUGGUGGUAAAAACUCUGUUCCUCUCAUCAUCUCUCCUGUCAACAAAGUCUGAUGAACACACAGGCUGAAUAUUAUGGCUGUGUGUGUGAAUUGGUUAAGGAGGACAUAUUCUUUUAGAAUGAGGAUUAGGAUUCCUUUUCACUUUCUGUACCUUCAGCAAAGCGAUCUACUCACACUUUUGUCUCCGUCCUUUAGACAAUUUAAACAGCGGUUAAAAAAAAACUCCUCACAUCCUGUAUUAUCUCCUCACCUACUGUAUUAUCUCCUCACCUACUGUAUUAUCUCCUCACCUACUGUAUUAUCUCCUCACCUACUGUAUUGUCUCCUCACCUACUGUAUUAUCUCAUCUACUGUAUUGUC